CUUGGAGUGAUAAUGCUAGCUUUAUUUCUGAUCUGUAUUUUCUUUGGUGUAGACUUUUCGUCUACUGCCAUUACUUCAUACUCUCUAGAUAAUGUGGACCAACACUUCAAUGACUUCGUCGUGAAAUAUAAUAAAAUGUACGCUGACGAAGAAGAAAGAUUAAAUAGAUCUCAAAUAUUCGCUGAGAACUUAAAGAAGAUUAUUGAAUUGAAUGCAAGAAGAGAAUCACAUCUUUACGAUGUAACACACUUCAUGGACCUCACGCAAGAAGAGUUCACCAUGAGAUACACUGGUUUGAGCGAAAUCUUUCUCACAAAUGACUGCCCCUACUUAUUCGAUGAGGACAUUGAAGACGUCGAUGCUCCUGAAUCCUUCGACUGGCGUGAUCAUAAUGCUGUGACUCCAGUUAAACACCAAUAUGAAUGUUCAAGUUGUUAUGCGUUCAGUGCGAUUGCAAACAUAGAAAGUCAGGUAGCCAUCAAGUAUAAUACACAGGUUGAUUUAUCAGAACAGCAGAUUGUCGACUGUAACAGCAGAACUCUAGGUUGUACGGAAGGACUUAUGGCACCGACUUUCAGGUAUCUGAUGAAAGCUGGGGGAGCCGUAAGAGAACCAGACUACCCCUACUUUGGUUAUCAAAGUCAAUGCUACUUCAAUCGUUCGUGGCCGCUAUUUAACAUCUACCCUCGGUCGCCGCCAGUCCAAGUGACCAGCUGUAAUUCGUUACGUCUUACCUCGCAAGAGAAGGUGAAACAAUUGCUAUACAAAUACGGACCUAUAUCUAUCGCAAUUCGAGCAGACAAAUUCCGGUAUAUAGGACGUGUUGGCAUAAUUACUGAUCAGUUUUGUACUGGGCCACUAAACCAUGCUGUACUUCUUGUCGGUUAUGGAACAGAAAAUGGCAUGCCAUAUUGGAUUGUGAAAAAUUCUUGGGGUUCAGGUUGGCACGACCAGGGGUACUUCAAGAUGCAGCGCGGAGAGCAUGCAGAGUCAUGUGGCAUGAUGAAUGCUGCGAUGGCGAUAGCCUUCAUCGCAUGAUUUUUAUGACAAUAGUCGGUUGCCACUGCUACUUGUUGUUUUUGGUAAAACACCGUUUGGGUGAUUUCAUAAGAAUUUAAUAAAAUCAUAUAUAAAUAAUAAUCUGAAUUGAAUUUGAAGGGUUUUUAAAUAAAAGUU